CAGCCACUUGGGGGAAAGGAGGUGUGAUGCAUGGCAAUUUGCACCUCACCACCACCUUCCACCACCCAAUGCCGCCCAGAUGACAUCGAUCAACUUUGCGCAAGCGCAGCAGCGCCUGGCAGCACGACGACAAGCCCGCGAAGCCGAUAACGCAGCACGACUCGCCGCCCAGCGCGACACCUCACGCGCCCGCGCCCAAAUUGAUCGUUUGCCGUUCCCUUUCAGUCGCCUCGGUUCAGCAUGGGACUCGAUAUCAACGCAAGACGGCACUCGCCCUGCCUUUAGAGUCGGACAAGUCGACGCAGAAUUACUAGAUGACGAAUUGUUGGAGUUGCUCCGCGGCCAGGUUGGCGAUGCACUGAAGUACUUCGCUGGUGGCCACCUGAAAGACGACUGGUCUGCCGAGAUCCUUCUUGCACUCCGCGCCAUCCUGUUCAAGUUAACGGUCUGGGACAACGACGCGACAUAUGGAGCAGCUCUACAAAACCUGAAAUAUACGGAUGCGCGCAAAGAUGGCUCAGUGCUUGUUGCGCCAUCUAGGUGGCAGAAGUCACUUUACGGAUUAGCCACCGUAUUUGGGAAAUAUGGCUGGGAGAAGUGGGAGAACUGGUUACUCGAAAACGACGAUGGUUACAGCAACGAGCCCAAUCCUCGAAUCCAAAGGCUGUCAAGGUUGACAUCCCGGAUAACGACACUCCACGCUGGAGCAGCCUUUGUUUCGUUUCUCGUCUUCUUACUGCAGGGAAGAUAUCGCACCCUCCUCGAUAGAGUCUUACGAAUGCGCCUGGCUCCACCAACCAGUCAGGUUAGCCGAGAGGUCUCUUUUGAGUACCUCAACCGACAACUUGUUUGGCACGCCUUCACGGAGUUUCUGCUAUUCAUACUGCCGCUUGUCGGCAUCAACCGGUGGAGGAGGUGGAUUUCAAGGACGUGGCGCAAGACGAAAGAGAUCAUCACAACAAAGGGAGACGAAGAUAAGUCGGCCAAUGGCGAAUUGGGAUUCUUGCCCGAACGCACAUGCGCCAUUUGCUAUCAGGACCAGAACGCCCUUGCGAGCACAGAAACCGAGAUCAUGGCAGCAGCCGCAUCAAGUGGUGUUAUCGGCUCAUCCCAAACCGAUAUCACCAACCCUUACGAGACCAUUCCUUGCGGCUGCAUCUACUGCUUUGUCUGCAUUGCAACUCGUCUAGAGCGCGAAGAGGGUGAGGGUUGGACGUGUCUCAAGUGUGGUGAGCUUGUCAAGGAGUGCAAGCCAUGGAGCGGCGACGUUUUAGAGCCACCAAAGAAGUCACCAACUGCCAAAGUCGUGGCCUUUUUAGAUGACGCCAAGGAUGCCCAGAGUGAAGCCGGCACGGAGGGCAACGCUGACAGCGAAGAGGGCGAAGGCAUGAACAGCACCGAGUUUAUUGAUGUUUCUCAAGAUAGAGACUAUUCUGACGACACGGAUACUGGCGACUCAGAAGGAUUUGAGGAGACAAUGGACCAGGACGAGUAGAGACGUCAUAUACCAUAUCAUCACGUUGUACAAUAUUGCAAGACUUAGCACGAGCAUGACGAGGUUUUCUACUUUUUUAGUAGCGUCUUAAUGACCCGAGGACAGCACACGCAAUAUGCAAGGAGUUGGUCAGUCCUUAGAGAUACAUAUGGAUAUACGAGAGUAAUCCAAUACCCAUGGAGUUCCGAAUGCAAUGCUUUGCCUUCUUAACAUCGCAUUACAAGCUC